AUGCACCAGAAUCAGAACCAAAUCAAGAUUAUUGCAGGUAAUUCUCAUCUAGAAUUAGCAGAAUCGAUAGCUUCUAAGCUCAGUAUAAAGUUAGCUAAGAUAGGAGCUUUCCAAUACACAAAUAAUGAAACUGCGGUAUCUGUAGGAGAAUCAGUAAGGGAUGAAGAUGUAUAUAUUAUUCAAACAGGUUGUGGAUAUACUUCCAUAAACAACUUCUUAAUGGAAUUAUUGAUGAUUAUAAAUGCUUGUAGAAUUGCCAGUGCCCGUAGAAUUACCGCUGUGAUACCCAAUUUUCCUUAUGCUAGACAAGAUAAAAAGGAUAAAAGUAGAGCUCCAAUAACUGCCAAGUUAGUAGCCAACUUAUUGACCACUGCUGGAUGUAAUCAUGUGAUUACCAUGGAUUUACAUGCAUCCCAAAUUCAAGGAUUCUUCAGAACUCCAGUUGAUAAUUUAUACGCCGAACCAAUAGUUUUAAGAUACAUUAAAGAGAACUAUUCAUCUAAAGAUAUCAUAAUUGUAUCACCAGAUGCUGGAGGAGCUAAAAGAGUAGCUUCAAUUGCUGAUAAAUUGGAUGUUAACUUUGCUUUAAUUCAUAAAGAAAGAGCUCGUGCUAAUGAAGUUAGUAGAAUGGUUUUAGUUGGUGAUGUUUCUGACAAAAUUUGUUUAUUGAUUGAUGAUAUGGCCGAUACUUGUGGUACUUUAUGUAAAGCUGGAGAUAUUUUAUUGGAUAACAAAGCACAAAAAGUUGUUGCUUUAGUAACCCAUGGGAUCUUUAGUGGAGAAGCUUUAGAUAAAUUAAAUAAUUCUAAAUUAGAUAAAAUCGUAUGUACUAAUUCAUUACCUUUAGGUGAUAAGAUGGCCAAGUGUUCAAAAAUUGAAGUUCUUGAUAUCAGUGCAACUUUAGCUGAAGCCAUUAGAAGAUUACACAAUGGUGAAAGUGUUUCAUAUUUAUUCAACAAUGCUAUUGCUUAG